CUUUCUCGAAGUAAAUACAUUUUGCUUUCCGAUUACGAAUUCAUGUUUUCGCAUGGUUUCGAGAAGUAUAUGUACGAACUGGCAGAGAAAUAUCUGACCGCCAAUCCAAAAGCUGUACUGGUAUGCCGGAUUUUUGAAGCACUCGGCACUAUGUCCACAGUACCAAGAGACAAAGAUUCGCUGCAUAAGCGCUAUAUCAAUGGUACGGCUGUUCAAUUUCACGCUCUAUAUGCUGGCGAUGCACAUGAAAUCGCUGGCCUGGAUGAAUGGUUCGCACACAACAGUACUACUGCAGGACCUCAAAUCGACCAUACCAUACCGUAUAUCAAAUACUCAUGGGAGCCGCAGUUUGUUUCGCUGACAACGAUACCAUUUCACGACGAAAAUUUUCCAUAUCUUGUACGCGACAAUACUGUUCUUCGCUGGGAGAUGUGCCGUAUGAAUUAUACGUUUCUGCUAGUUCACGACCAUUUCAUGGUGCAUCCCGGGAUCAAGACAAAAGGCGUUCCACGAAAACAUGCUAUUGAGCAGUACAAUUUCGCCGCUUCUGAGUUCCGGGAACGAAUGGAUCGCUUAUAUCCGGAAACGAAAUCAUUAUGCCCAGCGCCGAGACCGUGA